AAGAAGAAACAAAAAGUUGUUUCUGACACCAUGAGAACAGAGGGAAAAUAGAAGAUAGCCUUUUACUGCAUAACGAUACAUUUGGGAGCAAAAAGAAAGAGUUCAUGUGUCUGAAUCCACAAGUCUAGGUUUAAUAAGACACACAUUGAUUUGAUUGGAUUGGGCAAAAAAUCCAAGAGAGCAAUUCGUGUCAUAUCGGAAAAACUGGUUGCGAUUCCACCAUGAGACGAUCGACAUCAACAUCACAGCGCCUGAUAAUGGCGUUUCAAGCGAUCUUAGCURUGAUACUGUUGUGCUCGUCUUGUGACCCUGGGUAUUUCUUUGUCUCCUCCUGGAGCUCCGACUAUYCGAAUCAUCAUCAUCGUCAAAGACAUGUCAGAUCCCCUAAGCCGGGCUCAGCGACAACCAGGAAACGACYUACUCAAUCGCCAUCACCGAAACUUAGAACCGUAGCAGAUAUAGCAUUGCCACUUUCAACAACCUCAGCUGCAGAGGGUAAAAGCCCGAAUUCGAAGCCCAGGAACAAAAAAAAUAGAGUGAAACGCAGAAACAAACAAAACGGAAACCCAAAACAGAAGAAGAGAGGAACCCCGGAUUCUUCAAGGCGACGGAAAGGACAGCAAAAGCCAAACAACGAACGUAACAACAACAGUCGCAGAAGAAAUGGGCCAAUUGCACAGGCAAAAACAGUCAGCGAACUGGUCCAAAACGUUCGGGCCACCAUGGCAGCCAAAAAUCCAAGUGGCAGGGGAACGAAUUGGAGAGCCGCGUGGUCAAUGCUCAAAAGCGAGGCUACCAUUCCCCACCACACUGUCCUUUCUUCAUCUAGUGAUGCCGACGAGGAACAUAUAACAGUACUGCCAACCCGUGUUUACAAUGAGCUCCUUCUGUGCAUGGAAAAAGAGCCCAGGUGCUGGCAGGAUGCCAUUCGGCUUGCUCAAUAUAUGGAAAGCGGAGGCAAUGACGAGGGCGAGGAAGUCACUACAGCCUCCAAGACAGAGAAUGCCGCCGUUGACAAGUACAACAGCCGGCCCUGGUACAUACCCUCACCGAACUACGAGAUCUACMACACAGUCAUCGAAUGCUGUUGCCACAACGGUGGGGGACGAAAAGACGCGCACGAUGCCUCCGUCUAUUGGCUCACGAAAAUGCUGAAAAAACUGGAAGUAGACGUGACAGAACUCAAGCAACAAGUAAAUGACAAGGCAGAUAAAGCCUCCACAACCAUAACGAAUCGCGACCGAAAGCUCGUCCGCAACUCGAUCCAACUAGUGCUUAGCUCCCUCUCGAAACAGCGCAAGUGGAGGGAGGCCCUACAGCUUUUGGAUUACACCGAGAUCCUUUCCAAACCGGACGGGGCCAACGUUCCGCUGACGGUCGUGCAAUACAAUACGGUGCUGACCUGUUUGGCCCGCUCGCGACAAGCUGGACAGUGCCAGCGACUGCUGCAGCGACUGCAGUCCAAGUUCAAGGACCAACCGAGCAGCGGUCUACAGCCCGACGAGAUUUCGUACAACGCCGCUAUCAGCGCCUGUGCCUCGGCCGGGAAGUGGAAGGAAGCCCUCCGGGUGCUCGACGAGUGCUACGACGAACCGGGCGUUGAACCCAACAUCUAYAUUUACACCAAUGCAAUGAGGGCCUGUGCCAAGGGUGGGAACACUCAGCGGGCCCUUGAACUGCUAGAAAUCGUCAAGGACAAGGGYCUCCCCGUCGAUAGCUAUUGUUACACGGCCGUGAUCGACGGUACGCUUUACUUUGAGUGUUUUUGACGAGGGUGGUGUGCAGUAAAAAAGUUCUGAGUGGUAUUUUUCUCACCAUAAUUUUUGCUUUCAUUCACCUAUCCCAACCUACAAACCAACUAAUCGAUUCACAACAACAGCCUGCGCCAAGGGAAAACAAUGGGURAAGGCAUUGGAACUCUUUGACGAAAUGGAAGAAAAAGGGAUCGAACCUACGCAGGUUACGUACAGUGUGACGAUCUCAGCUUUGGGGAAUGGCCUACAGUGGAAACGGGCGUUGUGGUUGUUGAAUCUCAUGAGAGAAAAGGGAAUGAAAGUAAACUUGAUUACAUACAAUGCUGGUGAGUGUUUUGUUCUGACAAAUGAUGAUUUGUGAACCACGUGCAGGGAAGCURGAUCGUUCGUUGAAUGAUUGAGAGUUGUCAUUUUCACGCAUCUAAUCCGGUAUAAAAUUUUUGACGGUCUUCCUUCAUUGACAUGCAGCUAUCACCGCCCUCGCAAAGUCUUCGAAAAACCGACACUCGGCAAAGCUUUUGCCAUCGGCUUCCGACAAGAAUGCAAACGGAGAUGACACACACGAGGACGAAGAACUGUGGACAAAGGCCAUGGACUUGCUGAAACAAAUGAGUGAGGACGGAAUCGAACCGGAUGGAUUUUGUUAUUCGUCCGCCAUCAACUGCUGUGGUGCGGAAGGACGAUGGGAAGAAGCCUGCCAACUCAUCGAAACGAUGAAGAACGGGGGGCCGAAAAGUCGACCUAACAAGGUUGCCUAUACAGCCGCAAUCAGUAAGUGAUGGCUGAAACGAUGCCGGGCGCAAUCCUUUUUCCUUUUAGGAAGUAUUCUUGACAAAUCUUGUCACUCACUUGUCUUCCGUUUUCCAAAACGCCGUGUUUCUUCUCUUCUCGAUUUCAGGUGCCUGUGGGCGAGCAGGUCAAGCAACGAAGGCACUUGAACUUUUUCAAAAUAUGAGCGACGAUGGACUGGCUGCUGAUCGUGUUGCAUACAAUGCUCUAUUUUCGGCAUUGCGUGUAUCCGAAGACCCCGACAAGGUGAGUAGAAAAAUAAUUGUUGAAAGACGUCAUCAAAUUGAACUUGAAGUUGGCAUUAGUUGGCAUGCAACGUCAAUAGUCGGAGAGUUUCUAAGUUGGAUAAACUAAAUCUUGUUGUGAUUCGUUCAUUUAUCUCAGGCUUAUGAACUUUGGGGAGAAAUCUGUGGCACUCGAUCCACGGAGAGCUCCUCAAUAGCGACCGCCAGAAACGUUGCAUCCCCAGAUAUCAUCACUCUCACGGAUUGCAUCGCAACAUUGUCACGAGCUGGAUACACCAGCAAAAUGGAUGAAGUUUUUCGAGAAGCGGUCGAGCAGGGCAUUGUUCUAGGUAGCAACGAGCUAGAUGAACAAUGGGAAAUGGAUUUAUCUGGACUACCGUUCCCGAUUGCGCGAGCCGCUACUCGGUAUUUACUGCAAAUCAAUAGGCACAGCAGUAAUCCGCAGGAUAUGGUAUUCAUCACAGGAAUCGGAAAAGCACAGCAAAAGCGAAAAGAAGAGACAGAUAAGAAUGCGAUAGAGACAACCUCAAACAAUGUACUGGACCGGAAGGACAGAACAACAUCCCUUCGCGAUUUCAUCCAAGGGAUCCUCGAAACAGAUUUCAAUCCUCCCCUGGAAUCCGUUGUUCCGCAUCGCGCCCAGGGAACUGUUGUGAUAGAAAAAGAAACCCUCGCUCGUUGGUUAGAGGAUCAGAAGGGACAAAUUGCUACGAAAUAAUAAAAAGGAAAAUGAAUACAAUAACAGUUUUGAACAAACCAUGUUGAACUGCCUUAAGCACUUGAAACAUAUGUGUACAGCGUUUCCCCCACUUUGUUGCAGUGAAGCAAACAUGACCUUCAGAUAAAUUGAAAUUUCGCCAUCCAAUGGCAUGGUAAAAAAGCAAGAUCCACACUUUGUCAAUAGGAUGCAGGAGUUCUAUGCUAAUGAUUUCUUGCCUCUAGUUGUCGCUCCCCUUUCUGGUUAAUACGACUAAUUG